UUGUGCCAGCCGGGAUAUUUCUGAAAGGGAUUUAUUGUGAAAUUUUCAAUACAAGAAAAACAUCUCAAAAAGUUACUUAAAAUUAGUUUUUAGCGUAGUUUUUAGGUGCAAUUCAAAGAGAAUUAGCUGUAGAAUGGAAGAAGAAGAAAAACCUUUGGCCCUUCCAAUAUCUCCACGGAAAAUUAAGCGUGAAAAGGAGACUCCGCCACGGGAGAAAGAACCCCAACCUGCGGAUCUUUCCACCUUCUUAGGCACAUUAUUUGGCAUUGAACCCCGCAAUGAGGAGGAUGAGAAAAAGUCAGUGGAACCCAUGAAGACAUCCGAUGAGAUCCUGACGGAGCUUUUCCAAGUUUUCAAUGCAGCACCCCCGAAGAAAAUCCUCGGGAAGACGGAAAAGAAAGACAAAUCGAAGAAGAAACACAAAAAACACAAGAAAAAGUCAAAGAAAAAGAAGAAAGAUGGGGAUGAGGGGGAGAGUAGCUCAGAUUCGGAGCAGUCUGAGAAGAGUAGGGGAAAAAGGGUGAAGCAAGAGGAGGAUGAAGAGAAGAAAAAGAGCAAAAAGUCCAGGAAGAAGUCUCCGGAAAAGGUGAAAAUUGAAGUUCCGGAGAAAGUUGUUGAACCAACAAAGGAAUUGAGCAAGAAGGAAGAAGAGAAGGAUACUUCGAAACAGAAAGAGCCAGAAGGGAAGAGUCACAGAAUCAUUAUUAAGGACCUAAAAAAUAGUACAAUACUUUCGGAGGCGACAAAGGUAGAGAAGGAGAAGGAAAAGUCAAGGGAUCAUCAUCACAGCAGGGAUAGGAGUUCCAGGAAGCGCCACAGGGACGAAAUUGAGGAUAGAAGGAAGAGAAUUGAUAGGGAUUUGUCAGAUUUCAGUAUAUCCGACGAGGAGGAGUAUCAUCAUAGGGAAUAUUUGCCGCUGAGAAGCCGAGGAGAUUCUCACGAUGGAUUUGAUAGACGACGCCGCGAGAGGAGGUCUAGUAGGUCAAGGCACGAUGAUGGCUUCAGAGGGAGCAGCUACAGAGGAGCCAGGGAUCGCUUCUGGGGUAGUCGCAGGAGGGAUAGAUCUCGCUCCCGGUCACGAUCACGUUCGGAGAAAUCUUCUGAGAAGAUUGAUAAGAAGAAGCUGCUAGAGAUCGCCAGGAAGAAUGCCAUUGUUAUGCUGAAGAAUGGAACGUUGCCUGGAUGUCAAAAUCUUGCCCCCGCUGAUAAGGCUAAAGCCCUGGCAAAGAUGACUCAUGGUGGGAAGACAAUUGAGGAGCUUACGGACUACUGCAAGAAGCUCUCAAACGGGGAAACUCUCAACGAUCUCUCAAGCGCCUCCUCUGCCAAUGAAGAUAGUGAUCAUGACAGAGAUGGCAAUGCAAAGCCCUUCCAUCAUCCGUUUGUGGUUAAAGAUCGAGGGCCUAUUGUGAUGAACAUCAAGAACUCCGUACCAAUUCCCCCAAAGACAGCUGAGCAAACAAAGGCACUCCUUAUGCAAUUUCCUGUGUCAUCGGGUCAGCAUCAUCGUGCCACGGAAUCCGAAUGGGUUCCAGUAUCGCCGAAGAAGCCAGAUCCACCAAAAGAACCGAAGAAAACUGCUCCGAUUCCUGCAAAGCAACUUAGUCAGGCUUUCUACACAAUUCCCACGGAGGAACUACCACCACCAACUCCAGCACAUCCUAGUGCUGAACCUGAGCCUGAAAGUGUCUUUCCGGAAGCUGCAACAUCUCUGCAAAAAUUGGAUGUUUCCAGCAUAAUUACGCAGAGACUGAAUGCCAUGAGGAAGCUUCAGGAGAAUCCAAUGGACAAGGAAGCGCAGGAAUUAAUGAACAAUACACAGAAGGAUAUGUCAAAUUGGGCCACAUCAAAAUUCACACCAGGGAAAUUCCUCGGGAGUACAGGAGCGAAUAUUUUGAGUGCAAAAGAAUUGCAAUCGGGCUUCCAAGCAUGGGCUAAAAGAGAUCAACUCAUCAGUACAGCCCCAGUUUCGGGUGGAAUGGGUAUGCAUUUGCUGCAGAAAAUGGGUUGGAGGCCAGGAGAAGCUCUUGGGAAGGAUAAAUCGGGUUCUCUUCAGCCACUCCUGCUGGAGGUGAAGCUGGACAAGAGAGGUUUGGCUGCUAUUGAAGAGAAUCCGCAUCAAGCUAACAAGAAGCGAAGGAUGACAGCUGCCCAGGCUAAGGAAGCAAUGCAGAAUAAACAUCCUGUCUCCCUUUUGGGGGAGAUUUCAUCAAAACGAAAAUGGCUCUCACCCAUCUAUGAAGUUGUGAUGGAAAGUGGUCCGGGACAUCAUAAGAAUUUCCUUUUCAGAGUCACCCUCAAUGGAGUUUCCUAUACACCUCAAACCCCGAGUAACAAUAAGAAGGAAGCCAAAGCAGUGGCUGCUCGGUGCUGUCUUCAGCAAUUGGGGAUACUUCCGUGAAUUCUCUUCACAGUAAAUGAAUUUAAAGAAAAA